UUAUCCCUAAACGACUUUUCCUGAAACACAGGAAAUCCAGCCUACAUGCCUCAUCCAGCAGAAACGGAGCAGCAGCGACUUUAUUUACCCCGGAUUUUUUAAACAAAGCGACACGUAGACGAGGCGCUCUGCCCCUUUACUCUCUGAGCUCCAGGCUGCUUCACCCCUCCGCCCCAACACAAUGGAGUCUCUCCGCCAUCAGCGCCUCCAGCCCGGGGUUAGCGGGACCCUGCGCGCCUCCCUCCGGCCUGGAGUCUCCCCGGGCUCCCGCAUGUCCCCCCAGGCUCCGCCGGGCCCUCUGCCCGGGUGCUCUGGGCCUCCGCCCCCGCUGCCGCCGCUUUCCAGCCUCGGGGCUGCGGGCCUGGGCUCCAUGGACAUGGCGGGGCUGGGGUUCGGGCUGUGCAACCCGGCCAACACUACCAACCCGGCCGUGCUGAGGGAGGCCGUGGACGCGGUGGUCCGGAGCUUCGCCAAACACACUCAAGGAUACGGCAGAGUGAACGUGGUGGAGGCCCUGCAGGAGUUCUGGCAGAUGAAGCAGUCUCGUGGUGCUGACCUGAAGAAUGGAGCUCUGGUGGUGUACGAGAUGGUUCCGUCCAACAACCCUCCGUACGUCUGCUACGUCAGUCUGCCUGGAGGAAGCUGCUUCGGGAGCUUUCAGUUUUGUCCAACGAAAGCCGAAGCGCGACGGAGCGCAGCCAAAAUAGCGCUGAUGAACUCCGUCUUCAACGAGCAUCCAUCCCGCCGCAUCACAGACGAGUUCAUCGAGAAGAGCGUGUGUGAAGCGCUGGCCUCCUUCAAUGGAAACAGAGAAGAAGCAGAUAACCCUAAUACAGGGAUUGGGGCUUUUCGCUUCAUGCUGGAGUCCAACAAAGGCAAAUCCAUGCUGGAGUUCCAGGAGCUGAUGACUGUUUUCCAGCUGCUGCACUGGAAUGGAAGUCUUAAAGCCAUGAGAGAGAGGCAGUGCUCUCGCCAGGAGGUGCUGGCCCAUUACUCCCACCGAGCGCUGGACGAUGACAUGCGGACGCAGAUGGCGGCGGACUGGGUGAGCAGAGAGCACAGCGUUUCCGGAACGAUCAGCAGAGAGCUGGCGGCCACCGAGCGCGAGCUGGAGGAGGCCAGGCUGGCCGGACGCGAGCUUCGAUUCUACAAGGAAAAGAAGGACAUUCUGAUAAUGGCCUUAGGGCAGCUUGGUGGGUCCAACACCACCACACUGCCCUGCUCAUGCUGAAGAGCGAACAGCGGCGCGGGCUGUGAGUAGAAUAUGAAGGACAUCGUAAUGUGGUGAGAGACAAUUCACCAAAUCUCAUUAACAACAAUCUGGGUUUUUAUAUACAAACAAUUCAUAAUCGUUAAUGACAUUGGAUUCUAAAUAUUCAACAGUGACCAAAAGGUCAGAUUUCCUGUGUUUGGUCAGAGAUUUUUUUUCAAGAAGUUAAUGAAGUAAUUGUGAAGGAAACCAGUGAAGCAUUUAACACAUAGAAAACCUUAGAGCUCAAAGCAGCGCUGAGAAAAGUGCAUUGAAUUUACUUGAUGCAAAUGUGUACAUUGGAUCCACAUUAGUAAAAUAUGUGUAAAAAUAAAAAUUAUUGUUUUUGCUGUUGGUAAGAAGUAUUAAAAUUGCAGUUAAUAAUAUUAAUAAUAAUAAUAAUAGCAACACCUCAACACUAUAGAGAUCACCAAGUGACACCCUAGCAACCACCAUGGAUACAUUAGCAGCUGCUGACCAACAACCUAUAAAUCACUUAAAAUACCUUAGCAACUGUAUAGCAAGACCAUAGCACCUAGAAUACCAUAGCAACCACCAAGCAAAACUCGGGCAAUAACAUGGAAUAUCAUACUGAAUAGCAACUGCCUAGCAACACUUGAGGUACCAUAGCAACCACCUGCAGAACCAUAGCAACCACUUAGCAACAAGCUAACAACCACCCAGAAAACCACAGAAACCUACUAGCAACACCAUAGCAACUGCCUAGCAACACCCUAGCUACAACCUGAGGUACAAUAGCAACCGCCUGCAGAACCCACUUAGAAACCACUUAGCUAACAACCACCCAGAAAACCACAGAAACAAACUAGCAACACCAUAGCCUCUGCCUAGCAACCACCUGCAGAACCACAGCAGCCACUUAGCAACAAGCUAACACCCUAGAAGCCACCUAAAAUACCCCUCAAAACCACAGAAACCAGCUAGCAACACUAUAGCAACUGCCUAGCAACUCCCUAGCAACCACCUGCAGAACCGUAACAAGCUAACAACCACCCAGAAAACCACAGAAACCAACUAGCAACAUCAUUGCAACCACCUGGAAUAGCACAGCAACCACAAACAACUAAACAAUAAACAUAAACCAAACAACAUCAUAAACAGCCCAUUAACCUUAUUUGGUGCUAUAUAAACCCAAUUAACUCAAAAACAGUCUACAGCUUUCACUUGUUUGAAGCUUCUGUCGUAAUUGUUACUAUUAUUGAUAAAAAGCCUGUCUUUUUGGCAGUAAUUACGUCUGUGUAAUAUACUUUAUUCAUGUGGAAAUUAUGUACACGUUUGAAUCAGUGCUCUCUUUUUCCAGUGAACGCAGUGCUGCUUUAUAAAUCCUGCAUCAGUAUUACAUAUUAUCGUGCAGUAUUGACCUCACCACUGAUCUGAAUGUAUCGUACGCACAUGCUUUAUCCAUGUGCACGUUUUUUUUACGUAAUAGGAGGAGGGUAAGAGUUACAGAUCACACUCUGGUUUGAGUUUCCUUGGCUUGUUCCCCCACACAGCUGUGAGAGAUGCUCUCGUCUCGUGUUUAAGCCUUUCAGCAUCUGGGAUCGUUUAUAUCUGAGGUGUGGCUCUGCUGUCGUUCUGAUCACUCAGCGCUAUGCAGAUUUACAGAUUUCCUGCCAGUUCCACUGAACUCCACUCACAUAAUCCUCCUGAUUGAGAAGGAAGCCUGUACUCUGUGUUCUGCGGCCAGCUAUGUUUUUAUUCUCGUGAAGCUGGAAGGUUUUAGCAGUUCCCUUCAGGCAAUGUCAUUUCAAAAGCUUGAGCGUUUCUACUCUGUUCAUAUCUUCUGUGUAUUGAUGCUUUUCUUCACAUUUUUGCCUGUAUUAGCUUCGCUCACCAAAGCACUGCCUUUACGUUGUAUCUGCAGACAUUCUGAUGUGUUGUAGGGGUGGGCAAUAUGACAUUUAAUCGUUAUUGUGAUACAUUUCAUCACAAUAGUCUUUUCUAUUGGUAUGAUGUGUGUGGUCAGUACUUAACUGAACAACUGCAUGGAUCAUACGGUUAAUCAGGGGCUCCCAUGCGGUGCAGCUGUCUGAGAUUUCGUCUGUUUCGUGAGUUUUAAUCAUGAAAGAAUAAUCUUUAUCACAAUACGUCAUGUCCUGUUUAAAGGGAUAGUUCAGUGAAAAAUUUCAACCCCCCAGUUUGCACCUUUGCCCAAAUGUGGUCAGUCAGCCAGGCGUGUGUAGUGUCUGAAUUUUCCUCUUUUAGUUGUGGCACUGGAGCUGUGGCUAUGAUUACAUGCAAAGGUUUUUAGAUUAAGACUGAGGUGUUUAUUCUCACUCUACUCAACAAUCUCCGUUUACAUGCUCACUACAAGUGAUCAGAUCCAAAAUUAUGUGCAUGCAUAGAGAACCGCUUUGUGUAGACGUUACCA